AGGAAGAACCGUCGGGAAGAGUACGUGGAGUCUUUUAUUAAUGUUGGCGUUGCUAUUUGUGGUUUGUGGGUGGUCGUCGUGGUUGCUGUUGUCCAGUGCAGAGGAGGAGGAGUCGCCGCUGUCAAUCGAAGUCUUCACCCUCUCCCUCUGUCCUUCCAUCGAGCACCCACGAGUUCUCAAUCUGGACGUCGCGGCGGCGGCACCCUCGGCGGGGGGUGCCUCGCCAUCUUGUGGCGGCCCCGGAACCGCCGCAAGCAGCGGAUUCCGCCGGAGGAGAGCGUGAAAGACCUGAUCAAGACCAAGCCUCGGAGCCCCUCCGACCUCGUACGCCUGACGCGGGAGCUCCUGAGAUACAUCGACCGCGACGGAGACUUGCGGGAUGCCAAACGGGAGGAGAAGGGGAAUGAAGGCUGGCCAUUGACAAAUUCAGAUGCGAUGACAGAACUAUCUAGCAGCAUCAGGGAGGUGAAAAUUGUGCUUUAUGGCAACAGGGAUUCAGAGCCAACUGCUGAAGGUUGCGCACAAGUAACUCAGGAAUUCUUUAGGGAGAACACCCUACGCCUGCUAAUUGUUUGUCUUCCAAAGUUAAGCCUAGAAGCUCGCAAUGAUGCUACCCAAAUUGUAGCUAAUUUGCAAAGGCAGCAGGUCCAGUCAAGAUUAAUUGCAUCUGACUAUUUGGAAGCUAACAAAGAUCUCUUGGACCUCUUAAUUUCUGGGUAUGAAGACAUAAAUAUGGCUUUACAUUAUGGACUAAUGCUCAGAGAAUGUAUUCGGCACCAGAGUAUAACAAGGUACGUUCUAGAGUUCGAUAAAAUGAAGAAGUUCUUUGAUUAUAUUGAGAUUCCAAAUUUUGACAUAUCAUCAGAUGCCUACUUAACUUUUAAGGAGCUCAUGACAAGGCACAAAUCAACUGUUGCAGAAUAUCUCUCGAAAAAUUUUGAAUGGUUUUUUGCAGAAUACAACACAAGGCUCUUAUCAUCCUCCAAUUACAUCAUAAGAAGACAAUCUGUCAAGCUUCUAGGUGAUAUGUUACUCGAUCAAUCAAACACUGCAAUUAUGGUGCGUUAUGUUAGUUCAAAGGAUAAUCUUAUGAUCCUAAUGAAUCUCCUAAGGGAAUCAAGUCAGAAUAUUCAAAUAGAAGCAUUCCGUGUAUUUAAGCUUUUUGUCGUCAAUCAAAAGAAGCCUCCUGAAAUAAGAACUAUACUGAUCACAAAUCAGAACAAGCUUCUUCGUUUGCUCCAACAAAUCAAGUUAGAUAAAGUAAGGAUCGGAUCAGGAUUAGUUGAUCAAGAUUUGGCUAUUGUUUGUUGCUGUCAUUUUCCCAACUUUUUCUGCAGAAGAUGAGCAAUUUGAAGGAGACAAAGCCCAGGCUACGAGAGAGAUAGAAGCCCUCAAGUGAGAGAACACAUAAUUGGGAACAUUAUAUGCUAUAUCAUUUUGCCUUCUCAAGUUUUUAUAGAAUGUUGGAAGAGUUAGUCCUGCAAUAUUAACCGGCUUAGUCAGCAAGAACUUUGAAAGUUGGGCCAAAACUCUUAGGUUCCCCUUUAUAAUAAAAUAUAUCUAUAGUUUAUCACUGGUUCUAAUCUCCAGCUUCACAAGAAAAAUAUAACAGUCCCAAGGCAUCUUGUAUAUUGUAUUGUCUCUCUAAAAAGUACAAACCAAAGGAAUAUGUUCCUAGAUUUUCAGAAGUGUUAGCUUGCUUUUGACUAUUAAUUUGUUUCCUGGGGUUAGAUUUCAUUAACUUA